AGUAAACUAAUCAUUUAAAAUAAACAUAGAGCCACGAAGCUAACGCUCUGUUAUAUUGCCAGUGUGGUUAAAACAACUAUGUUCAACUACAGCAAAUAUACUAAUUUUACAUGGAGGGAAAACCUAAAAGACUGGGGACAUCUUAUUUCCUGUGGAAAGGCACGGCUGAGCAUGGCAGGAUCAGCAGCUAGUGGACUGGAGGUGCUUCUCUCCACAUUGCAGAACUCCAAUGAUAAUGAGAGCACUCUCAACAUCCUUAGCGUCUUGGAUGAGCUUCUAUCUGCAGGCACUGACAGGAGGAUCUACUACAUGAUUUCUAAGGGUGGUAGUGAAGCUCUGCUCAGAACUCUUGUCAGUUCUAUGAAACGCGUCCCACCAAAUGACAUCGUUCUGCUUCCAUUGAUGCAAUUGCUUGCCAAGGUUGGACACAGAGACAGAAAAAUUGGUCACAAAGCAGAGGAGGCAGAAGCUGUUCACCCGACUUUGAGUCUGCUGAGAUGCAGUUUGCACGAUCAGAGGAGAGCGACAGCCUGCUUGUGGGUGCUAAGAGUCUUUGCUUCCUGUGUUUCUACAGCAGUCCUCCUGGGUAAAGAAGGCACAAUUGAAUUACUUUUUAAACUUAUUCCCAAAUACAACUUGAAACAGACUCACACCAUCAAAGCAACCAUAGAUGCACUAGCAGCCUUGCUAAAUUCAAAGACCAACAGUCGGCAUGCAGUUGACAGAGGCUACGUAACCACUUUGAUUAAGCUUUUUGAAGACUGGCACUAUACUGACCUUGAAAAUCAGUAUGUCCCCCUGAGAAGAUCACUCUUACACUGUCUCAGACACGUUACCAGCAUCCAUGCAGGGAAGAAGGCACUGUUUGAAAGUGAUGGCAUUAGUAUCCUAUAUCACACCACGCAGGAUCUUCUUGGAAAAAGAGGAGUCGAGUUACUGGUGACUUCUGCUACACAAAUCAUGAGAAAAUGUUAUCCCAAGUGCCCGCUUCCGGUGCCAUCAAGCCAAAGUGUCUAUUCUUUUCCUGUUCCAGGCAGGCCUGAGUCAAGCCAUUCAUGUGACUCCUCAAGUCAUGAUGGAAAUCUGGAAGAUGAAAGUGAUGAAGAGCAGCUAGAAAAUGAGGAACUGGAUACAAAAGAGGAAGAUGAAGAUUUAGAGACAGAUUUAAGAAAACUAUGCAUCAGACCAGAACCUGACCGCACCAGACAGGACCUUAAGCAAUAUGAAAGGUUUUUCCCUGAGUUGCAGUCUGAUUUUAAGGAUGUGGAUCGCUCAGAAGAGGCCAGUUUUGAGGUGAAGGACAUUCUGGGUGACAACAGUGAAAAAGGACUCAAACACUCCGAGAAACAUAGCAGUGGUACAAUAAGGAACAAUUGUAGUUCUCACUGUGGAUCAUCUGACGAGCAAGUUCAAAAAUCUAAGCAGACUCACAGAUCUUGUGAGACAACUGGAACUGCAGUUUCAGAAUUGUACCAAGAAGCCAGGAGCUUUCACAGCCCACAUCUUAUAACUAUGAGGCAUGAGAUGUUGAGUAUACUGCUUGAAAGACAUCAAUUCUCUAUCCCUGGUCAUGAUCCAGAGAUCUACACCAAUUUUGCAGCCAAGACUAAGUCAAUUGCAGGAUAUUCUUUACUAGCUUUCCCUGACUUCUGGGGACACCUCCCAUUACCCUAUCAGCAGUCUAUAGCAGAACGCAACGAUGGAGUCCAAAGGAAAAAAGUUUUUGAAGACAUUCAGCGUUUGCUCAACCCUGGAGACAAUAUUGACAAAGUUGUAUUCGAUUUAGAAACUCCCAGUUUGCAUUAUAAUUCAGAAGAUUCGGAAUCCUUGUGUUUUUUUUCAAGAUUUGAAUCUGGAAACCUUCGCAAAGCCAUUCAGAUUCGGAGGUUUGAAUAUGAUCUGAUUUUGAACUCCGAUGUGAAUUGUUCUCAGCAUCACCAGUGGUUUUAUUUUGAAGUUAGUGGGAUGAAAGCUGGGAUACCAUAUCGCUUUAACAUAAUAAACUGUGAAAAAACAAACAGCCAAUUUAACUAUGGUAUGCAGCCUGUGCUCUAUUCUGUACAAGAAGCUUUGCAAGGUCGGCCUCACUGGGUCCGUGAAGGAAACGAAGUCUGCUAUUACAAAAACCAUUUUUCACAACCUUCCUCAUCAAAAGGUGGACAGAAGGGGGUUUCUUUCUAUACCCUAAGCUUCACUGUGAUCUUUCCACAUAACGAUGACGUCUGCUAUUUGGCCUAUCACUAUCCCUAUACCUAUACUGCUUUGCAGACGCAACUUCAGCUUUUAAAACAGUCGCUGGAUCCUGAGAUGGUAUUCUUCAGGCACCAAACCUUGUGCAACACACUAAAUGGAAAUCCCUGUCCAGUCAUUACCAUCACUGCCUGUCCCCGGUCACAGAACUGGAAUAAUGUGCAGCAGUUUCGUAAUCGCCCCUAUGUAGUAUUGACAGCUCGUGUUCACCCUGGGGAGAGUAAUGCCAGCUGGGUAAUGAAAGGUACACUGGAGUUCUUGUGCAGCAAUGUUCCCGCAGCUAUAAUGCUGCGUGAGACCUUCAUUUUCAAGAUCAUCCCUAUGCUUAAUCCAGAUGGUGUGAUCAAUGGCACGCACCGGUGCUCCCUUAGUGGUGAGGAUUUGAACAGACAAUGGAUGAAGCCAGACAUUAACCUCAGUCCCACGAUAUACCACUGCAAAGGCUUGCUGUCCUAUCUCAACGGUAUUGGCAAACCCCCCAUUGUUUUCUGUGAUUACCAUGGACACUCCAGAAAGAAGAAUGUGUUUCUCUAUGGCUGCAGUAUUAAAGAGACUUUAUGGCAAUCUGGCUCCACAGCCAGCACAACCACAGUGAAGGAGGACCCAGGCUACCGGACACUUCCAAAAAUCCUGGACAGGAUAGCACCAGCAUUUGCAUUCAACAGCUGCAACUUCCUAGUGGAGAAAUCUCGUCAGUCAACAGCUCGCGUGGUAGUCUGGAAAGAGAUUGGUGUACUGAGAAGUUACACAAUGGAAAGUACGUACUGUGGCUUUGACCAAGGAAUAUACAAAGGCUUUCAAAUUGGAACUCGUGAGCUUGAAGAAAUGGGUGCCAAGUUCUGCCAGAGUCUAUUAGUGUUGAGUAACAACUUACUACUCCAUGACAAAAAACUUACCUCACAUAUUCCUGCAGCAUUGGAUCUGGAUGACCCCAUUAGAGAUCAGGGGUCCUAUAGCAUUUUAGAAGAUGAUGAACCCCCAUGUGUGGAGGAAAUUGACUAUCACAGUGAUGGCUGUUCAGAUCAUGAAUGGGAUGGUGGUGAUUUUGAUACCGAAGUCUAUGAAGCGGUUGCGAAUUUUUCUGAAAAGUCAAAAGAAGAAGAUGAUAAGUGUCAGCAAGAAAAAAACGGCCUGAAUAAUUCCAAAAAGAAGAUGUGCUUUUCAUCUAAGCCAUCACAACAUCUUCCUGCUGCAGAACCUUCUUCUCAGUUUGCUUCACGUCAUAGUUUUGAUGUGUCCAGUAAUCAUCAUUACUUAUGUUGAUACUGUUUUUGACUAACAUUACUCCGAUGUUUGAACUUCUCAGUAAAUUAAAAUGUGUGCUUUUUAACAAGUGAACUGUUUUACUAGAAAAUAGCAAUAAUAUUUUAAAACUAUGUGUUUGGUUAUUUAUGAAAUUGAGCAGUUUAUAGGAUUAAGUAUGUAAAACUUCAAAAAGAAUGUGAUUUCUGUAUGUACUUUGUAUGUAAGUCAAGAAUAAUAACUCAAAUAAAUAGUUUUUUUUGUCCUAAUAAAAAUGUACACUGACUGUUUAGCUACUAAUGAUUGCAUUUUAACUUUACAUAUACAUUUACUAAUAGAAUCAAUUUAAAGUUCAUUUCUUGCAGUUUGUACAAAUGCAAUUACUUUUAUUUUGUUAACUUAAAAUUGAUUUAGUUCUUAGAUAACCUUAUUAACCUGUUGAACAUACUAAAUUAAUCAGCCUAUCAGGUAACUAAUUAUCCCACAUGACCUUACCUUAAGUGCCUUUUCUAAGGUUUCUUAAAUAAUCCAUUCUUUAGAAGUAAAAUUAUACUUUGACAUGUAUAAAGCAAGUGUAUAAUGAAGUGGAAAUUGUAAAUGAUUAUUUAUGUAAGUAAAUGUACAAUAAUUUGAUAUAAUUAGUGUCUCACUGUUAAUGAAAUGAACAUUUCCUUUCUACUUUUGGCAUGCCAUGUCAAAAAAGCAUAAAUAAACUAAUAAAAACACAAGACUUAA